GCUCGAGCGAGCACACGAGUUUCUCUUGGUGGAAGAUCGCGAGGUAGCGCCAUCGUCCAGCUUUCAUUGACCGUCAUGGAGGAAUCGAGUAGUUGACGUUUCCUGUAACCUUCUCUUUUUUACGCUUUACUUCGUACGGUCAUCGAUCCUUUAUCACGCACAGCCUUCCAUCAGCUUUGACGCGCGUGACUGGCGGUUAGAAAGAUGAAGUUCAUCAUUGGCAUCGGCGGGGUCACAAACGGGGGUAAGACCACCCUGACACACAGACUGACCAAGAUUCUGCCCAACUGCUGUGUGGUCCAUCAGGAUGAUUUCUUCAAGCCCCAGGAUGAGAUUGAAGUUGGUGAAGAUGGCUUUAAGCAGUAUGAUGUCAUCACCGCUUUGGACAUGGAUUCCAUGAUGAGCACCAUCCACGCCUGGCAGCAGAACCCCGUUAAGUUUGAGAGAUCUCACGGCAUUAACAACACCCUGGACUCUGAGAUUGUUCAACACGGCCGGGAUAAAGAUGAAGGCGUUCACAUUCUGAUCGUGGAGGGAUUCCUGCUCUACACCCACAGACCGUUGAUCGAUGUGUUCAACCAGCGAUACUUUAUUUCCAUUCCAUACGAAGAAUGCAAAAAGAGGAGGAGGUCAAGAAACUAUGCUGUGCCGGACCCGCCCGGUCUGUUUGACGGACACGUCUGGCCCAUGUAUGUGAAACAUACAAAAAUCAUGGAGGACUCAGGGGUUGAUGUGGAGCAGCUAGAUGGAACCAUGUCUAAAGAACAACUGUACAACUUUGUGCACGGAAACAUUCUGAAUGACAUCCAGGAGAAUCUGCCGUGAUGAAGACAUGCUGAGGUGUUGUCAUGCAGCAGGAUGAAGCAGCUUUGCAUCAUACGUGUACUCCAACCUACAGACGCUGUUGCAGUGUUUUUAUAUGGUUUUAUAUCCGCUGUAUUUAUUGCUUCUCAAGCUCUUAUAACGCUCCACCUCUGUAUGAACGGAAUGUUUUAUGGUUCCAGCACAAGAGAAUAAAAUAAAGCUCCUGUGACGUGA